GAAGCCACAACCUUCCUUCCCUGAGCUCUCUUUCUCAAGUCUCAGAACUCGAAGAGCAUCGAAGCAAUGACGGAGAAGGUCUCCACCUUGAUCAUAGAAGCAGAUAUCGGAUGCUCAUGUUGUUACAAGAAGAUCCAAAAGGUUCUUUGCAAGCUCCAAGUUCGAGAAAGAAUCCUGUCCAUCAAUUACAACGAGAGGGAUAACAAGGUCACCAUCUCCGGCCCCUUCAAUCCCGAGUGUCUUAAGAAUAAGCUGCUUUGCAAGCUGUGCAAGGUGGCGAAAGAUAUCAAGAUCAAACCAGAUGACCCACCGCCGCCCCCGCCGAAACCCAAAGAGCCUGUCAAGAUUAUCUGCUGCUUCAAGCCGUGGCCAGACUGCUGCUUCCGGCCAUGCCCUUGUUUCGAGCCAAGCAAAGGCUGUCGCCGGUGCUGCUUCUGUGGUUGGAUGUGCUGCGCUGUCGCGCCAUUCUGCGCUCCAGAGCCCAAGCCUAGCCCGCCGAAGGAAACGAAACUUGUUUGCUGCGGCAAGCCAUGGCCGUCCUGCUGCUACAAUCAUCAGAUGAUAGCAAGGGCUCGGAAAAAGGGUGCAACCUCCUAAGCAGAUCCGGCCUCAGAACAGCUGACGACCCCCUUCAUGAUUAAAAGACACAAGCAAUGCAAACCCUGAAGAAGGGAGGACGAAUCAUGGCCCAAUUGGCACCAUAGGCAAUGUACCUUGACAACAAUAAGCACCACCCACGACAGCAUCACCCACAGCCAUUAACCUAAUGCGACGAGUCCCUCCUCCCAUGAACGUGAUCGAGCAAGAACCCGCUGUAAUGGGUCCCUCCUCCCGCGGACAUGGUCGAGCAAGAACCCGCUGCGAUGGGUCCCUCCUCUUAUGGAUGCAGUCGAGCAAGAACUCACUACUAAUGGGUCCUUCCACCCACAGACACGAUCGAGCAAGAACCCAUUGUGACGGGUCCCUUCUCCGGCUACGGCAUACUGAUACCAAUACUUCUACUAUCAUGAUCGAACUAAGGCCUGCUACGAUAGACUAACGCCAAUACUCCUAUGGCAUUCGAACUAAGACCAGCAACAAUGGAAGCCACUAUGAUGGAUUGAUACUAAUACUCCCGCUAUAGGGGUUGAACCAAAACCUGCUACAACGGACUGAUAUCAAUACUCUCGCUAUGACAGUCAAACAAAAACCCGUUAUAGCAGGAGCCGCUACGAUGGAUUGAUACUAAUACUUCCAUUGUGAUAGUCGAACCAAGAGUUGUUAUGAUAGAUCGAUACCAAUACUCCCAUUAUAGCGGACUGAUACCAACACUUCCACUACACGAUCGAACUAAGACCCACUAUAAUGAAUUGAUACUAAUCCUCCCACCCGCAUGGUCGAGCCAACACCCGCUAUUGCAGACUUACACUUCUGCUCAAGGGGUCAAGUACCUGCCCCAGAAGCGAAAGAAGGGAUAGGCCUAAAAGAAAACUUAACAUCUCUGUGCGGAAGGGGGAGGCAAAAAAGGAGAAAGAAACCUCCCAAAGCAUAAGGAGGAGGUUAGAAAAAUGAGAGAAAAUAAACUCUUGUCCAGACGGGGAGAACAAAGAUAGAGAGCGAGAAAAAGAAAAAAGGGUCCCUUAGGUCAACACCCGUCUAAAAGGUCAUCUUAGCAAGAAAGCACAUCUCGCCCUGGAUGGGCUUCAGUUCGACCACCACUACACCAACGACAAUCAUGUUGCCAUGUAGGAAUGUAUGAAAGGAGAUGUCCAUCGAAACCUCCAUUUAAAGCUCGAAGAAUAUAUUUCCGGGGGAGACAAGUGAUAGGGGAUAAACCCUACACCUCCCCGCUCCCCUCGCCACAUAAGUAACACCUAUGCGAAGGCUCUGAGCCACCUAUGCCCUAUGACCACCGACGAGAUGUCAUGUCACCUGCCUCGACUUGUCGAAGUGAGAACUACUCAAUGAUCCCACGAUCGAGAAAUUAAACCCAGUUCUAUAUUAAUGGUUAGCGGCAUAGCCCAGCUUCACUAGUCGAACGAAUGGAGGGGACCACGCCCUGCUUCACCAGCCGGAAGAAUAAUGAGGGGACCACACCCUGCUUGGUUCGAAGAAGAAAGGAAACCCGAUGGAGGCGUCAUCGUGAUAGUCCUAAAUGUUGCCCUGGGAGCAUGCACCAACGAACAACCUACAUUAAUUUUUUCCACCACAUUGGGUAAGGAGAGUCUCAAUGGAAGUCCAUCUACUCCACUCAGCGCCUAGGUUUAAAAGUCAUGCCUUAAGCCAAGCCAAGAUAAAUAGGCAGAAAAGAUUCUUUACUCUCUUAAUUCAUUACUGAUACCCUUAUCUCUCCCUCCCCCCUGUUUUUCUGACUUAAGCAUAUGAGAGGUUGAGCCAGGACACCCCCGUAUAAGCUGACUAUGCAAGGCCAUCGACAGAGUUCGAAGGUUUGUCCAGGAAACUACUCAGACUGAGGAAAUCGCCCAGCUCCCAAACCAACUUUCAAUACCCGAAGACUGAGCCACUCUUAGUGUGGUGCCUCUCUUUACAAUUUUCUUUGUUGGAACAAACUCUUCACGUAGGCCGGGAAGAGUGACCAGAAUAAACAGACGCUUUCCACAUAGAACCCACUAAGCCGACUGACAGUCGAUGAUAUCUAUGUGUUAACAAGUAUAUUAUUUUAUGAUUUGUGAUUCAUAUCUUAUUAGUUUAUUGUUUUUUGUUUGAAAUGAAUGUUGCAGUUUCUUACAAUUAAAUAUUUAAUAUU